AGUUCACGGGCGCUGGCAGGAGGAGUCGAGUCCACUGUCUCCAGGCUCUCAGCACUUUCCAAUCCGUUACGACAUCUCAAAAAACAUGGCUAACAAACGGAAGCGCGUGGCCAAGGAAGCCAAUAAUGACAACCUACCAUCCCAAAAACGGUCGAAGAAAGAUGCCACAACCACCAAUGGCUCAGCCAAGUCCAAGCCCUCGAAGGCGCUCGACAAGUCCCCGUUCACCGAACAUCCUACCGUCGACGAGCGCAAGAGAGAGCUGGAGCUGUACAAUAAACUAGGAAAUGAAGACGUCAGCGAUCGAAUCGAGGCCGCGGAUGCUAUCAUAUCCGGCCUACUUGGCGAAGAAUGUGUUCCCGAACCGGUCCUCCUGCGCCAUCUUGAAAAGCGUCUGUUUCGCGGUCUUGCCAGUGGCAGGAAUGCUUCGAGGCUCGGCUUCAGCCUAGUUCUGACCGAGAUUUUGGGCCAAUUAUUCGGGGACAAGGACCUGGCGAGCUCAAAAUACCCGGGUCUGCCGUUCGACAGGGUGCUGAGCAUUCUGCUAGAGAAGACGCAGGCGGGAGGAACCGGUUCAGGCCAGGAAGAGAGAGACCACUACUUUGGGCAACUGUUUGGAAUCGAAUGCUUCGUUCGCUCUGGUAUCAUCUCGGACAAAACCAAGUGGCUCCCGGUUCUGGACCUUCUGUCGAAGCUGUCGUCGAAGAAAAGCUGGUUGAAAUCGCAAUGCGGAUACGUCAUCGUGCAAGCAAUAUCGCAAAUGAACCAGAAUCUUGCUGAAGCCACCCUUGAGAAACUUUCCGAGGCCGGAUUCGCCAAGUCCCCCGAGGGUGUGGGCAUCUGGAUCGCUGCGAUGGACCGCUUCCCUGAGAUGAAGGUUCCGAAACAGCCAUGGCGUCACCCCUUGGAAGCUACGUCUUUAGCUGCUCUACCUGCGGCUUUGAAAGAUAGCGGAAGAGAAACAUCAACCGAGGAAAAUGGCAGCAAGAAGCCGAAGCAAGGCAACUGGACGGCCCAGCUUCACUUUGUCUGGGACUUGAUCCUUGCUCACUUUGUCAAGCUGGGUGUCCAGUCCAAGAGUGAUGCCACCGAGCAAUUCAAGCAGUUUUGGAACCGCGUUGUAGAUGAGGGCUUUUUCUCCAAGAGUGCCUCAGACAGCCAGAAGUUUUCAGGCUUUAUGAUCUUCCAGAAGAUGCUCGAGGGGGCCACCGACUCUCCUUUCAUGGUGUCCACCCUCUUCAGCAAGAAUCUAAUGGUGUCUAUCAUGAACCAGGCUGCCAAGGAAGACCGAUACCUCCACCGCGCAGCUGUCAAGGCUCUGAAAGGCAUUGAGGUUGUCGUCGAGAAAGCACCACACCUCCUCCCUACCGUACUCAAAGAGCUUCUUGGGAAGCAGGGGGCGUAUAACUUUGAGCAGCGCACAAACACCAAGACGAUUGACAAGCUUCUGCAACAAACAACGCCCUCCACAGUCAAACAGGUCCUUAAGAUCCUGCAGCUGAAGGAUCCGUCCAAGAGUGGUCUUGACGAGUCAAAGUACUACCAAGCUCUUGGGGCCUAUCUAUUCAGGCUCGCGAGCGUGCCCUCCGAGGACCCCGAAGCCGAUACUUCGGGCAAGUCAGUGCCCGGCUUAGCGAUCAACGCCCUGACCGACUUGGCCUACUCAAACACGUCAGUGCCAGUUGGAAUUAAGGAAACGCUACGGACGAGGUCGACCUCGGCCUUUGCAAAGUUGGUUCGGAGACCAGAGGAUUUCGGGCACCUCUGUGGUGCCAUCCUGUCUAUCGAAGCCGACAUCGACUCAGAGGACGAAAUCACCGGCUCGAUCCUUCCUGACGCUUACGAAAGGCUGAAGGACCUUCUUGAUCCUGCGAAGUGCACCGAUCGCUCGCGAGCACCUCGGCAAGCGUUGGCUUUGUUGCAUGCUGUAGGCAUUCUUCAGUUUUACAACCAGGAUCCCGACGUGAUAGAUCUCUUUGACGAGCUUUCGGAGUGUUAUGACAAGCUCGAGAGCUAUGACCAGGAGUCUGGCGAAGGGAUCUCCGAAUAUCUUGUCGAGAUUCUUCUCGCCAUGGUUGCCCGGCCAUCGUCACUCAUGCGGCAGGUCUCGCAGCAGGUUUUCGAGGCAUUCACUGGCUACAUGUCGGAGGACGCGCUCAGACUUCUGAUUGACCCAUUGGCUGCUGAAGAGAGUGCUAAGGGGCAACAGGCCCUGUUUAGCACCGAGGACGAAGACAUGAUGGAUGCCGAAGCUGCUGGCGACGAGAGCGACGAGGAGGAACUCGAUUCUGACGUCGAGAUCGUCAACCUCGAGGAUGCCGGCUCCGAAGGCCCUGACGACAGCGAUGCCGAGGGCUCAGGCGAUGAGGAGGGGAACGAAGACACAAGCGCCGCGGACAAAGACCAAGAAGCGCUCGACGCGCUUGACAACGCGCUCGCGGAGGUCCUCGGCAGCCACCGGCUCGACCAGGACGAGGACGCGGACACGGACCACGAAUCGGACAUGACGGACUCGGAGAUGAUGGUGGUGGACGAGAAGCUCGCCGAGAUCUUCAAGCAGCGGGCCAAGACGGGCAACAAGAAGAAGGAGAAGAAGGACGCCAAGGACACGGUCGUCAACUUCAAGCACCGAAUCCUCGACCUCCUCGCCAUCUACGUCAAGAAGGAGGCCGCGGCCGGCGGCGCCGGCUCCCCGCACGUCUUCCGCGUCCUCCUGCCGCUGCUCCACCUCAUCCGCACGACCACGACCAAGGCGCUCGGUAACAAGUCCUGCGACAUCAUCCAGACCUUCUCCAAGAGCCUCAAGAAGGCGCGCGGCGGCAGCCAGGUCGCCGAGAUCGCCGGGCUGGAUCUGGCGGCCAUGGCCUCGCUGAUGGAGGAGCUGCACGAGGAGGCGGCCAAGGAUGUCUCGCAUGCGUUUGCCAGGGCGGCGUCGACGGCCUGCCUGGCGGUGGCGUCCAUCACAUGCUGCGACGCGGAGAGGGAGGAGCAGGUGUUUGCGCUGUAUGCGAAGACGCAGCGCAAGUGGUUCAAUGGCGAGGUCAAGAUCCAGGCGUCGUUCUUUUCGGAUUGGCUGAACUGGUGCCAGAGCCAUGCGAGCACUGCCGCUACAGCUGCGGGGGAGCGGGAGGAGAAGUAGGUGUGUGUGUGUGUGUGUGUGUGUGUUAGGUUGUAGAUAGAGGCAGUUCAAUACCCCGUCAGUGUAUCACGUUUCGU